CGAGAGGGGGCGAGGCGAGCGGCGAUGGCGCGGCGGGCUGGGCGGCGCUGAGCCGGGAGCGGCGCGGCGGCCGUUCCCGAGCGCCCCCUCCCCCCCCGCGGUGCGGGUUGGUUUAGCCCUGCGCAGUGGCAGCGCCGGGAGCCGCCGCAGCGCCGGGAGCCCGGGGGGCGGCCGCGGCGAUGAUGAAGGGGGUGGUGGGCAGCCCGGUGGCCGCCGUCAUGCAGGAGAGCUUCGGCUGCGCCGUCGCCAACCGCUUCUACCAGCUGCUGGACGACGAGUCCGACCCCUUCGACAUCCUCCGCGAGGCCGAGCGCCGCCAGCAGCAGCGCAAGAAGCGCGAUGAGGCGGCGGCGGCGGCGGCCGCCCGGAGGGCCGGCCCCAGCGGCAGGGCCGGCGCCCCCAAGAGGGAGUCCCAGAAGGAGCGCAAGCAGCCCGACAGCCCCCCCACGCCCGGGGCGCCGCCGCAGCCCGGCCAGAAGCGAGCUCCUAAACGGGGAGAACAGCAAGGAUGGAAUGACAACAGGGGAGCAGAAAUAAAACAAGACAAAUCUGAAUGGAGACCCUCUUUCAGGGAAUACCGUUCCUAUGAAACUGAAAGACAAGCGGAAUUCACAGUAGAAAAACCAGUUGAAAGAUUUGACCGUGAAAGGCCAAUAAGAGGACGCGGAGGAGGAAGAGGUGGAAUGCGAGGCAGAGGAAGAGGUGGUGGAAUAAACAGAAGUUUUGAUGGCUUUGACCAAAGAGGAAAACGGGAAUUUGAAAGACAAAGCGGGAAUGAUAAAACAGGAAUGAAAGCAGACGACAAAAAGGGUGGAAGUGGAGCUCGCAACUGGGGAACAGUUAAAGAUGAUAUGAGUGAGAUGGAACAGACUGCUCCAAUGGAAGAGACUGCAGAAACAGCUGAGCAGCCAGGGGCACCUGAAGGAGAACCUCUGAACAAAGUUGCUGAAGGGGAGCCAAUGGAAGAAGUAGUUCAAGAAAUGACCUUAGAUGAGUGGAAAAAUCUUCAGCAACAGAGUCGACCAAAGCCUGAAUUCAACAUCCGGAAGCCAGAAUCCACUGUUCCUUCCAAAGCAGUGGUGAUUCACAAGUCAAAAUAUAGCGAUGAUUUGCAAAAAGAAGACUUUGAAGAUGACUCUCAUGUCUUUCGAAGAGCAGUGAAUGACAUAACAUCUCAGCUGGAUAUUAAUUUUGGGAGUCUCCCUCGCCCUGGCCGUGGAUCAAGAGGAGCACGAGGUGGUCGUGGUCGUGGCAGACGAGUUGAGGAGACAGGGCCUCGGCCAGAAGUAGCGGUGCAAAUUGUUGCUCCAAAUCCUGAUGACCCUGAGGAUUUUCCUGCUUUAGCUUGAAGGAGCUAUCAUGAAUGAUGGUAUCGCAAAGUAGCUUUGGUAUAGCUGUGAAGAGACCAAUUUUAUGUUGCUGUGGAAAAAGAAAGUCUGAGUCUACACAAAAAACUGAUUUGUUUUUUUUUCUUUUUGGUGUGAAAUGAUUGCACCCCUUUGCUAUUGGAAGGGGGCUCUGGAGAUACCAGUGGACUAAGAUUCUGUCACAGGUUCCUGUGUCUGCCUCCGUUUAUGGAAACUGUGUGAAGGCAUAUGGUACUUUACUAUAAGGACUCAAGUGAAGUUCAAGAGUACAGUGUUUAAAUUGUGUAUAUAGCAAUUAUAUCAAGUUUUCCAGGACAGCACAGUGAAAUGUUAGCUGUACAACAUGGUCUGCAAUUGGGACUCUAGCAAAUCACUGUAGACAUCUGAAAGCUGCUUUCCCUAUUUCUUUGAGUGAAGUGUACCUUUGCAUAUCUUACGCAGUUACAAGUUGCAAUUCUUUGGAGGCUGGCAAAUAAAGGAAAGUGCUCAUUG